AUGCAACCUCUCAUAUUCUAUCCUCUCCGUUUCAAUUUCUUCAGGCUGGUCGUAGGACUUCCUCUUAUGUCCAGUGAUCCAUACAAUCGGAGAUCCCUCAUUAUGGAGCACGUCAUGCUGAUUGGGAUCCUCCUAUGCGUGGGAGUCAUCCCAUUCUGCCUCUGCCUGGACAGUGAAGAUGGCUCCAAGGUGGGGGGCAGCUGCAUAGAGCUCGAAAGGAGAGCUCUCCUUGCCAUUAGAGCAGAUAUCUAUGAUCCUGGUGAGUGGCUUUCUUCUUGGACGGGCCAAGACUGUUGCCAGUGGAGGGGUGUUGGCUGUGACAACACCACCGGUCAGGUGGUAACGCUUGACCUCAAAUACCCAUCUGGUUAUGAUCUGAUAUUGGGAACUGGAAAAAUCCUUGAACCAAGUAAGGUAAAUCCUUCUAUAUCUGGCUUGAUACAUUUGAGGUAUUUGGAUUUGAGCAUGAACAACUUUUCUUUUGCACCCAUCCCUGAGUUCAUUGGUUCUCUUAUGCACUUGGAGUACCUUAACCUCUCCAAGGCUUGGUUCAGCGGAUCCGUUCCUCGCCAGAUUGGAAAUCUCUCGAGCUUGCACUAUCUAGAUCUUGGGGGUGGGUACCUUUUUCUUGACAAAUGGUAUGGGUUCGCUGAAUAUUAUCCAAUAGCUCUACGUGUUAAUGACCUUCAAUGGCUCUCCAGAAUCACUUCUCUGCAAUACCUUGACUUGAGUUUUGCUGACCUCUCCAUGGCAUCAAAUUGGCUUCAUGAAAUCAACAUGCACCCUUCUCUAUUGGCCUUGAAAUUAUUUGCUACCAGGCUUCCUGGUAUUCCUUCUACUCUACAGCAUGUAAACUUCACUUCUCUCACCGUGCUCGAUCUCUCUUACAAUGCUAUUUCUACCGUCCCCCAUUGGCUACUUAAUAUUAGCAGCCUUGUUCAACUUGAUCUCCAAGGUUGUUCAUUUCAUGGGAGGAUAUCAACUGUAGCAGAUAUGUUGGGGAAUCUCAACCAUCUAAAGCAUUUGGAUUUCUGUCAGAACCAAAUUACUGGAGGCAUUUCACAAUCUUUGUGGAAUAAUACGCACCUGGAGUAUUUAGAUUUAUCUGGAAACCAAAUUACUGGGCAUGCUGCAAAAAUAUUUGGGAAUCUUAGCCAACUGACGUUCUUGGCAUUGGUUGGCAAUCAAAUUAGCGGUGAAAUUUCAGAAAGCAUGGGAAAUCUUAGCCAUCUAGAGGCUUUAUAUUUGUCUGAAAAUAGAAUUAGCGGAGAAGUCCCAAAAGGCAUGGGGGACCUCCUCAACUUGGAGGAAUUGGAUUUGUCCUAUAACCAGAUCAAAGGAUGUAUACCAGAAGAAAUAUUGGAGAAUUCUAGCCAACUGAGGCGCUUAUUUUUGAGAGGCAAUCAAAUUAGUGGAGAAAUACCAAAAAGCAUGUGGAACCUCCUCAACUUGGAGCUAUUGGAUUUGUCCUCUAAUCAAAUCAGUGGAUGGAUACCAGAAACUAUUGGAAACUUGGAUACUUGA